GCCUCACUCACCUCCCUGCAGCCGGGGAGAGAACGCGCAUCCCCUCUACCUUGUUCCCUGCGCCACCCACUAGUUCUACCUAAGCUAACGCAACUAGCACUAACUCUACCCAUGGAUAACACACAGAGAUUUUCCUAGUGCUUCGGCAGAUUUUUUUUUUUUUGAGAAAAAAAAUAUAUAUGUAUAUGUAUAUAUUUUUGGAGUGAUUCUGGAGUUGUUUGGAGUGACGGAGUUCAGAGGUGAAGGAGAUGAUCUCCUGGUUUAUCUGAGGUGAGUACCACACACACCUGUCCUCCACACCUGCCCGCUUAUCAGAGGUAGAGCCUAGUUGCUUGGUCAACACUUCAAGUUCGCUUUACUGCCUCCGCUGGAAACAAGAUCAAUUACGUGUCGAGGAUGAUUGUGGUAUCGUCGCUGGUAGAUGUGGUGGCAUCACAGAGAAUAUGAGUACCAGUGGCGGAACAAUUAAGGUGGAAGACUCGUCACAGCGUAGGACAACAGAGGGUUGAGUGUUUAGAGUUCUUGGUCCCUUGGUGUUUAGUGUCAGAGCUUCAGUGUGACAUAUGGGCGACGGCACUGUGGCAGGGCGUUCAUCGCAGUGUAGUCGCCUUAAUCUGUAAAACAGUGACAAGACUGUGCGGUGAUGCUUUCGUUGUUGCUGCACCUCGUAAGCUGAUCCCAAGUUGUGUUACUGAUGACAGUGUCUUGAUCCCUGUGUGUGUGUUACUGAUGACAGUGUCUUGAUCCCAGUGUGUGUUACACUCAUGACAGUAUCUUGAUACUCGGCUUCUUGACCUCGAUACCAUGGCGGUUCAGGUCAACUUGUGCUGGGUACUUUUGUUGGCCGUUCUGGUGGAGCUGAGCGUGGCCACCGACCUGCAUAAUAGUCUUAUUAAUUCCUCUACACUAGAAGUCAACGAACCGCGCCGGGAGGAUAAAGAACGAAAAAUCAAAACAGCCAGACCGAAAGACCCUCUUGUAGUUCAAACCAAGAGUGGUCUGAUAAGGGGUUUCAGGAGGAAUGUCUUCGGGCAGAACUUAGACUCGUUUUACGGUAUUCCCUUCGCUAAACCGCCGGUGGGAAACUUGCGGUACAAGAAGCCUGUCCCAGUUGACCCUUGGCCUGGCAUCCUGGAUACAGUGAAGCUUCCCCACACCUGUGUCCAGGAGCCGUUUAACUACUUCCCUGGAUUUAUUGGCGAGCAGAUAUGGAAUCCAAACACACCGCUCUCCGAAGACUGUCUCUAUCUGAAUAUCUGGGCACCUGCACGCCUCCGAGAGCCAGGGGUGGAGAAAACAGAAGUGCUGGUGUGGAUCUAUGGUGGCGGCUACAUGGGUGGCACGACCACACUCGAUAUUUACGACGCUCACAUCAUGGCUUUAACAAACAACUUCAUUGUCACCUCGAUGCAGUACCGCUGUGGAGCCUUCGGUUACUUGUAUCUGGACAUGGAAGACGCUCCCGGUAACGUGGGAAUGUACGAUCAAGCUCUGGCCAUGAAGUGGAUUCGUGAUAACAUCGCUUUCUUCGGUGGAAACCCAGAUCGAAUUACGCUCUUCGGCGAGUCAGCCGGCGCUGGCUCUAUCGCUGUUCACCUGCUGUCUCCAGUGUCCAGCCAUUUAUUUGACCGUGCAAUCUUGCAGUCUGGCGUCAUCAACUCCCCGUGGUCCAUCAUGUCCGCUGACAAGGCCUAUGACAUAGGCCUACGCCUCGUAGACGACGUCGGAUGCAACGCUUCCAAAAUAAACGAGAAUCCGGAGAUGGUGAUGGAGUGCAUGAGACGAGUGGACUCAGCGACUAUCUCACUCCAGCAGUGGAACAGCUACUUUGGUCUUCUUCAGUUUCCCUCCACCCCCAUCGUCGACGGCGCCUUCCUCCCUGACGACCCUCUAGAGAUGGUAAAACGUAAAGAAGUUAAGAAGACUGAAGUUCUUAUCGGUUCCAAUCUUGACGAAGGUACCUACUUCAUGUUGUACGACUUCUUAAGUUAUUUCAACAAAGAUGAGGCUACGGACCUACAGAGAGACAAGUUCCUUGAGAUCAUCAACGAAAUCUUCAAGGACUGGUCAGCCAUCGAGAAAGAAGCUAUCAUAUUCCAGUAUACGGACUGGGACAACAUAGAAGAUGGGUUCCUGAACCAGAAGGCCGUAGCAGACGUGGUGGGUGACUACUUCUUCAUCUGUCCCUCUAACCUCUUCGCCUACCUCUAUUCCGAGGCUGGUGGCACCGUCUACUAUUACUUCUUCACCCACCGGACUUCGCUCAACCCUUGGGGGUCGUGGAUGGGAGUUCUACACGGUGACGAGAUCGACUAUGUCUUUGGGUUGCCGCUCAACAAGUCCAACGGAUACACUGAUAUCGAAGUGGACCUGUCUCGUCGUAUCAUGAGCUACUACAAGAAAUUCGCAGCCACAGGUCGACCUGUGGACCCCAACGUUGAGUGGCCGCUGUACACAAGAGAGCAGCCGUUCUACUUCGAGUGGAAUGCCGUCACUAGAGGGAUUGGUAAGGGACCCAGGGCCACUGGCUGUGCCUUCUGGAACGAGCUGAUGCCCAUCUUAAGGGAGAAGCAAGGAGGCGGAAUCUGCGAGAGUGAAAUGCAGAAGGCACUGAACGAAGGUAGUCCCCUCACACCCAGAUCCUUAGGCUGGGUCAUCCCUAUGGUCUCUCUGCUCUACUGGAACAUGCAAUAAAUAUAUGAAACGUGUGUAUAUUUUGUAAUUAUUACUUUUUGUGUAUUUUGAAGAUGCGACGGGGCAGUUAAUUGUGAAAUUCUCAAAACAAGGUGACGGGUAGUUUCCUCUGUCUAAAAUGAUACAGUAAGUGGACCAAUUCGUAAAAGCAGAGAACAUACUAUGUCUGCUGACCUUUACAAGUGCAUGUGAAAAUUCUUGAAUUGAACGUAUUAUGUUACACUAAGUCGAGAGCCAAAUGUAUCGUCAUCGCAGUCAACGAAAGUUUCCCUUGGAAACAAAAAGUAAAUUUGUUUUGGCGGUCAUAAACAUCGCGGUCACAGCGAGAGGCAGUGAUAACGUUAUCUUGUAAAUUAUAAACUAAAAAAAAAAAAAAGAAGACUUUCAAGAAGUUAAAGUAUAAAAGAAAAGAAAUUUCAUUUUGAUGCAAAUUGCA